AAGUUAAAUCGAAUUUGUCUUUUCCCUUUUGUGGUUGAGAUUGUUUCAAUGUCCUUGUGUUGACAGGAAAAUAUUGAUGAACAGAUGAAGAGUCUCUUCAUUUCCCUGGAUAUAAAGGCUUCAUAAGGAUUCAUGGCAUUCUCUCAGAACCGAUAUUAGUACAUAGACUUCUUUAUUUGCUCUCAAGAUGUCACAGGCAGCUGAUCCUGGAGAAGUGAAAUAUGAAGAGGAUACGGGUAGGUGGAGGUUUAAGCCAAGGGGAUUGAACAUCACUUGGAGUAGUAACGAACAUUAUUGGACGAUGCCUGAGAAAGGGACGGAUGACCCUGCAGAGUUGCUAAAGGUAUGCUGGCUUGAAAUAAACGGCUCAACCCCAAAACCCCUAUCGAAAGGGGAGAGGUAUGCACUGAGCUUCAAAAUAUCUAUGACAGAAGACACAUUUGGUUGGCAAGAAGCUCCUGCUUUCAUGAUGGCUAAGGUAGGGAAGAAAGGAAUUGCCAAAUGGGCAAGAAUCAAUCUGGCAGAUGUGCAGGUAGAUCACGAAAUGGAAGUUCCUUUUGGCAAGCUUCGGUUUGAAGUUUCGAAAAAUGCUCAAGAUACCACACUCUACUUCGGAUUCUAUGAAUUGUGGUGUGGAGGAUGGAAGGGAGGUUUACGAAUUCAUGAGGCUGUAGUUGAAGAAAUGCCAGAUUGAGGUUCUGUUCAAAUUAUUCACUCCUGUACUAUCCUAGAGUUAUGGCCAAAUGUAUCCGAAAGAUUUUUUUUUUUGGGUGAAAUAUUCUUAUGAAUCCAAGAGAAAAAAUCUGUAACAUCAUAAUAAAAUCCUGCGAUUGAAUCUGCAA